AUGACGGAAGAUACAGUCUCAAGGUCCAUUGAUCAAGCCAGUCCAGGUCUUCGCGACCUCAGCAUUACAAUCCACGAAACCCCCGAGCUCACGUAUGCCGAAUACAAAGCCCACAGCGAAAUCUGCAACUUCCUCACCACUCUCAAUAUCGGCCUCACCGUCACCCCCAAAGCCUACGGUCUAGACACGUCCUUCCUCGCCGAAUACGGCCAGGGCGGCCGGCUGGUCACCUUCUGUGCCGAGUACGAUGCCCUCCCCGAGAUCGGACACGGCUGCGGCCACAACCUCAUCGCAGUGACUGCCAUCGCCGCAUUCCUAGCCGCAGUCGCAGCCCUGAAGGAGAGCAACUACCCCGGCCGAGUCCGUCUCCUAGGCUGUCCCGCUGAAGAAGGAGGGGGAGGGAAAGUGAAGCUUAUCAACGCAGGCGCAUUCACAGAGACAGACGCCGCGCUCAUGAGCCACCCCCUGUCGCAUCUGCCACAUAUCAGCGCUCGCUCAGCCGGCGUCGCGUACGGGACAUGUCUGGCAGCUGUGGGAUUCUCGGCCAAAUUUCACGGCAAACCGACGCAUGCGGGCCAGACGCCGUGGCUAGGCUUGAACGCGCUCGAUGCGACUGCCCUGACUUAUUCGGCGGUGGGAUUGCUCAGACAGCAUAUCAAGCUGACUGACCGGAUCAAUAUCAUUGUUUCGGAUGGGGGGACGACGACAAAUAUAAUCCCUGAUAAAGGGGCCAUCAAAUGUACUGUUCGAUCGGCGACGUUGAGUGACAUGGAGAGUUUGCGGACUAAGGUUGAGAACUGUUGUCGUGGCGCUGCGUUGGCGACUGGGUGUACUGUCGAUAUUGUCCCAGAUAUGGACGCGUAUGCCGAUAUGCGUCCGAAUGAAAGCCUAGGCUCUGAGUUCACUCGGUAUAUGGGCACCCUAGGGCGAGAGUACUACUGCGACCUGCAACUAAGGGACGUCGGCACAUUUAGCACUGACAUGGGGAACGUCAGCUACGAGAUCCCUUCAUUCCACGGCCUGCAUUUCAUUCCCACGCCCAGCGGAACAGGGAUGCACACUGAGGAAUUCCGCGAUGCUGCCAAAACAGACGAGUCUCAUGAUAUCAGCAUGGGGGUUGCCAAGGGCCUUGCUGUAGCUGGGUUAAGGGUUCUAUUAGAUGACGAAUUUGCGGCGCAGAUGAAGGUUGAUUUCGAGCAGGACAAGAAAUUGAGAUAG